AAUGGAGUGUCCUUUGAACGGAAGCCAGAAGGAACAGGUGGCCCCGCAGAGCAGAGCACAGCAGGCUCAUAACUGCCAGAGUUCUGGGGUAAAAGAUACUCCUCUCUCCACACGCUUAAUCCAUCUCGGUUACGCAGAGUAUAGAAGGCGGGCAGCUCUGUCCCACUUUUAAUCCAGCGCUGGCGGCCGUCGGCAACGGCGACGAAGCUGAGUUGAAGGCCAAGGAGGGAACCCCAGGUCUGGACGCCUCUGCCCAACACCCAGCAUCCGAGGAGGCUCCCCUGGGAGGAGAGCAGAGGAUGGAGAAGGAGGGAGGGUCUUGCAGCACCCCUGGCACAGAAGGGGGAGCAGAGGCACCUGCCGUAGGCCUGGGGGAGCCGAGAGAAGGAGCGGAAGCCGGGCCUGAAGAGCCAAGCCAGGAGGCGAAAGGGGAAGGGGGAGCAGGGCAGGAUGCGGCCAAGGCAGUGGAAGAGAGCCAUACGCCAAGCCAAGCCGCUGUGGCAGGAGGGGAAGGGAGCCACGAAAGCCCACCAAGCUCCCAGCAGAAGCACCUUGAACUUCAGCAGAGCCUCAGCUGCCCAGCACACCUGCCCAGCCUAGCAGAUAUUCCGGAAGAGGCUGCAGCUGAUGUCAAGGAGCCGACUCCUCAGGAACCGGCGGCUCCCACCUACAAAGCAGACCCGCCACCCCCUGGGGAAGCCAAGGAGGCCCCCGCUGAUUCGGCACAGGCCCCCCCGGCGGCAGAGCAAGCGGGCCCAGCUGAUCAAGGAGAAAGGACCUUGGCCGAACCCGCUCCCUUAGCCCCAGGGGCCACAACCCAGGAUGCUGGUGAGCCCAGCUUUUCCGCAGCGCAGCCGCCGUCGGAAGGAAGCGAGACCACGGCAACCCCUGCAGAGGUUCCGGAUACCCCAACCAGCCCGUACCUCACUCCGGACUUUGGCAAAGAGGACCCAUCCCUGAUUUUGGAUGACACUCCCCCUCCACCUGCUCCCUUCACCCACCGCAUCGUCCAGCUGAGAACGGGGGAGUUCAAAGACACCUACAGCAUCAACACCAAGGAGAUGCUGGGAGGGGGGAAGUUUGGAGAAGUCCGUACGUGUGCAGUGAAGGAGACGGGCCUCAAGCUGGCCGUGAAAAUUAUUAAGAAGCAGGGGCCGAAAGACAGGGAAGCGGCCGAGGUGGAAAUUGACGUGAUGAAUCAGCUGAACCACCGGAACCUGAUCCAGCUAUACGACGCCAUCGAGACUCCAAAGGACAUCAUGCUCUUCAUGGAGUUUGUGGAGGGCGGCGAGCUCUUUGAGCGGAUCAUCGACGAGGAUUACCAGCUGACAGAGGUGGACUGCAUGGUCUUUGUGCGCCAGAUCUGCGACGGGAUCCUCUUCAUGCACCACAUGAGUGUUCUCCACCUGGACCUCAAGCCGGAGAACAUCCUGUGCGUGACCUCGACCGGCCACAUGGUGAAGAUAAUUGAUUUUGGACUCGCCCGAAGGUACAACCCCAGAGAGAAGCUGAAAGUGAACUUUGGCACCCCCGAGUUCCUGUCUCCAGAGGUAGUGAGCUACGAACAAGUCUCCUACACAACGGAUAUGUGGAGCAUGGGGGUGAUCACCUACAUGCUGCUGAGCGGACUCUCCCCUUUCCUGGGCGACAACGACACGGAAACCCUCAACAACGUCCUGGCAGCCAACUGGUAUUUUGAUGAGGAAGCUUUUGAGGGCAUCUCCGAAGAAGCCAAGGACUUUGUCUCCAACUUGAUUAUCAAGAACAAAAGCGGACGCCUGAGUGCCGCCCAGUGCCUGCAACACCCCUGGCUCAACAACUUGGGAGAGAAAGCCAAGCGGGUCAACCGGCGGCUGAAAUCCCAGGUUCUGCUCCGAAAAUACGUGAUGAAGAGGCGAUGGAAGAAAAACUUCAUCGGCGUCUGUGCUGCGAACCGGUUCAAGAAGAUCACCAGCGCGGGAUCUCUGACCGCGAUGGGCGUCUGAGCGGUGGGGCUGGAAGCGGGCAGAAUCGAGCGACACGUGGACGGAAAGGGGGCAGGGGGAACUCCCAACGGGAAGCUUGAACUGCGUUGCGCUCCUGGUGCCCCACGUCUCAGGGACUUGCUUGGGCAAGAGGAUCGGGGCCUGCCCCAAGGCUGGCUCCGUCCCAGAGAGCUGGGAGCAAGAUGCCGGUGGACGCUGGCCUGGAACUUUUUAGCAGGGAAGCUCCCUCCAUGUGUAGGAUAUUUGCUCUCUCCGAUAGCAUCCCCAUAUUCCUGCGCAGUUGCCACUAAGCCAGUCUUCCCUACCUCUCCGUAUUGUCUGACCUGAGCACCGUCCUCCUGUUUAGUGGCUAUUCUGCUGCCUCUUGGACUCCACGCUCCACACAAACCCAGC